CUUCGAUUGAGAAAAUGAUUUUAGAAUUUUUCACUUAUUUUACUUUAUGUUUUUAAAUAAUUAAAUUUUAAACUAUUUAUAUAUCUAAAUUUUAAUCAAUCCAUAAACUAUUUUAUAAACUUUUGUAAUAUUAUAUUGAGAAAUUUUCAAUAUGAUACCAAGUGUACAAUAUAUUUAUUUUUGAUUUUAACAAUUUUAAUUAAUAUUUGAAAUGGUCCAGGAGUUUGAACUUUCAGACUCACCAACGCUCCAAGAGAAUGUUAAAUCUUCGCCUGAUAAAACACUUUCACCUAUGAAUUACAAUUCUGAGGAGGAUACAGACCGCUCUUGGCGUUUCUCUGCGAGUGAUAAGUCGUCUUCCUUCCCGUACCAUAAGGGCUUAAAUAAGACUGUUAGUGUUGAUACGACUUUGGAUAGUUCCCAUUCCUUAAAUUACGCCGACUCCUGCGAAACUUACAACUCGUCCACAGAAUCUCUAGAUUCAAGCACAUAUAUUAGGCCUGAGACACCUUACAAUAGGUUUCUUGAACGUCUUAAAGAUCCCUCUUGCCAUGAUAUUGUCACAGCCAUUAAAGGAUUGGUGGUGAUGUUACCUGGUAAUAUGGCUCGUAGUGAAGUUGCUACAAUAUCUCACAACUUCAUCGAUAUAUACGCACCUAAACUACUGUCGUUGGAAGUAUUUUCUAAAUUGACCGAUGAGGAGAAAUUGGAGACAGUUGAAUGUUUCGAAAAGUUCACAAUGCAAAAACUCUAUCCACAGUGUUAUCGUAUGGACCCUAUGGAUGCAAUAGAAGAUGAAAGGCUACAAAUACAGAUGUUAUGUUUAAACUGGAUAGAGCCGCAUCAUUUGGAAAUUACUACAAUGGGCGAUGUAAACAUUUUAAAAGAGGCCCAAAAUCAUUUAAAGAAUUUAUAUAAAUACAGAUCACCAAGAGACAAGCUGAUUAUUAUCCUUAAUUUCUGCCGACUUGUGGUCUAUUCAAUACAGAAAGUCACUGAUAAGGACGUGAGUUGUGAUGAGGCAUUUCCACUCCUGAUCUUGACGAUAAUAUUGACAAACCCGGUGGAACUGCAGUCUUGCAUAGAAUUCAUCCAGUAUUUCAGACAUCCAAGUCGACACAUAUCAGAAGAGGCAUAUGCGUUCACACUUCUAGUAUCAGCUGUUGAGUUUAUCAGGGAAAUUGGAACCAGCUCACACCUGAAGAUAAAUACACAAGACUUCCAGAAUAAAUAUAAUCAGAACAAAUUAAAGUAUGAGUCAAGGCUGCAAAGGUUAAACAGUUUAGUGAAAACCAACUCGACUGAAACAGUGAGUAAUAAUACGCUCAAUACUGUAAACAACUCAGUGAAUAAUAACACCAACUCAGCAAACUUGUUUGACCAACUUAAGAAGUUUAACCUGUCAACCCUAUUUAAAAUGCCCUUGUUUAAGCAAGAUAAGAAGGACGUGUACGACAUCAUUGAAACACUGGAAUACCUGGAAAGCUACCUGCUUGACCUGCCCUUAACUUACCAGUUCAAGGAGAAUAGCUUGGACUCGCCUGACCUCAUCAGUGACUGGAGAGCUCUUGUUGCAAUGAAAAACCACAUCACUGAAACCAUCGCUAAUGUUAAAACACAAGCCAAAAAGCUUUUAUAAUUUUUCAAAUAAUU